AAUGAAAAAGGAGUCUCCUGCUUUGAUGAAUUUUUAGAUAUACUUAAAGUGAAUAGUAACUUCAUUUUUCGCAGAUCGCAUUGCAAUACAUGCGUUACGUUCAAUCAGCCUAGAGUAUGCUACUUAAUCAGCCUCCCCCAAAAAUACACACACCGCGCUUUCACGUCAGAACGUUUGAAACCAUGGCAACGACGUCGGGAGGAGACAAAUCACCAGGGCGACAGCGCAUCAACAGCUUGUACGGUACACUAGCCAAAGCGUCAGCGGCCUCAAACUCUCGGCGGUACUCCCACGCCCCGCAGAGCCUGGGGGUGCCUUCUGUGGGGGUUGUAAGCGACCGCAGAGGGUCGACCCAGGGGCGGCAUCACAGGGGUAUGAGCAUGGACACGGCGUUUGCUGAUAUCAGCAAAUCCGUGCUUAGAGGAUCGCGGAAGCAGUCCACGGAUAAGUCACGUCUCGGUCUCCCAUUGAUGGACGCCUCGGCAUUCGGACGUCGCCGGUCGCUGCGAGAGAGAAACCGAGGGACGUCGGAUCCCACUCUGCCUGCGAGCGGCACAGAGGACAUGGGACCCAGGAAGGCGUCCAAUAAGUCCAUCAAAAGUUUCAGCAGACAGUUAAAGUUCGUGCAAACGCUGAAGGAAAAACAACGGCUCCAAGAAUUAAUGAAGAAAUUCAGACGUGCAGCUCGCCUCGCCAUUUUCUGCAGACGACAAACUCUAGCGCAUUCUUUGAGAAACAAAGAACACGAUGAACUUCUACCCUUUAUUCGGGAUCUCAAGUUUACGGAUUAUCAAGAUUUUGGAACAGCACUAGAUGUUGAUAUUUGGGACGGGUUCAACCCCAACGACUUUAAAGCAAAUAGGCAGUUACGUCUCUCGGAGGAGGCCAAGAGGAUCCUGACCAAGCCAUCCGGAGAAAGGACGGAACAGGAACUGAAUUAUGUUGAGAUAUCUCUGCGGAAUAUUAAGGCUUACAGUGACUACACAGUUCGAAUGCAGAGGAAAAUUGCAGAAGUGGGAAUGUACGAAAGAUUUGAAGCGAAGAGAAUAAUUGUGCGUCAAAGUCACCCACCAAAUGCGUUCUAUAUUUUACUCUCAGGAUCGGUCGUUGUUGUCGUGAUGGACCAAGAAACACGGGUGGCAAAGCCCGUGGCAAUCUUAAAGAGGGGUCGAGCGUUCGGUGAGCUGGGCCUGAUCAACCGUACACCACGCCAGUCGUCGUGUAUAGCUAAAGAAACCGUGGAGAUGCUCAGCAUUUCAAUACAGGAUUUUCGUCAGAUUUUCAUGACUGGAGGAGACGACGACGAAGAGUUAAUCGAGAAAUUGGAUUGUUUUAACGGAUGGCCAGUGCAAAUUCUUGAGUCCAAUCCCAAGAAACUGAUGCAUCACUUCUUCAAGUAA